AUGAUAGAAGCAGCUCCGAAUUCCUGCACUCAGCUAGAAGCCGAAGGCGAGUCAUUCAAGAGAUCAAUCGACAAAUUCAUCCUAAAAUCAGAACGACGGAAACAACACAGACAGCCUAGUCAACUGCUACAUACUAAUAACAAUCAUUCAAACGACAAUCAAUUAUUGUCUACUUCAGAUAUGGAGAAUUUGAUAGCAGCUUCAGUCAAAUCGACUCCCACUAUUCCUUCCGAUUCUACAAAGACGUCAGACAAUCCAUCCAUGUAUGCGUACGAAAAAAUGCUGUUCAAUACGGACAUUAUACGUAGACAAGCGCACAGCAACAUCUACAAUAACACUAAUAUGCUGCCCGCUCAACGACCCUCACUGCCCCCGCAUUCAUACAGCGAGCCCAACUGCCAGUUGAGAUACUCCGACUCUGAUGCUAUCAAUAAAGAAAACUUUUGUUCACCAUCAAAUCAUCUGUUUACUCACUCACUUCCCAAUCCAUCUGUUGCCGUCGAAUCAUCCACUCCUGGUAUGCAACAACAGGCUAGCACGCCGAUAGAGCAUUCUGAUCGUCCUCAACAGCGACAAUUGUCAAACCUCGCCCGAUUGAAAACUAAUUUCUCAUCAGAACAAUCGCAGACGGUCCAACUGCAAAAACCACAGCACCAAAAAGUGGCAUCUGACGAAGAUGCAUUAGCCACAUUACCCAGUCCAGCUACUUCACUAGUAGAUUUUCCGACCACUCACCAUGUUCGACAUAUGCGUAAGCAGACAUCAACUGAAAAUAGCGUACACUAUCCGCAUCAUCUGGCUUCUUCUCUACGCGCGCAUUCGUCGCCAUUAAGCGAGCAACUUUUUAGCAAUAGUAGCAACCAAUACAAUCAUGUCAACAACGAUUUGACACACACUGCCGUUGCUAAUCGAUUGGCUCGUUAUAAAUUGCCGAGUAAUACUGAGUUGAUCGGGCGCUUUGCCAUAACCAAAGGCAAUAUUGGAGAAGGAUCGUUCUCGCAAGUAAAGUUGGCGCUCGAUCUGACAAAUGGAGAAGAAGUAGCUAUAAAGAUGACAGCUACGAAGGGGAUGGAAGACAAUGACCCCCUAAGAGUGUGCGUGCAACGCGAAAUAGAGAUUCUGAGAUCCAUCGAUAAUGCAACUAUAGUCAAACUGAUUGACACAAUCGACACCCCGACUCACGUCUGCUUGAUUAUGGAGUAUGUUCCAGGUGGAGAGUUAUUCGAUUAUGUGGCCAAUUACUAUGAACAGACGGAUGAAAAUGACGCUCGCCGUAUAUUCGUUCAGCUGUUAAACGCCGUCUCCUACCUUCACAACAAUAACAUUGUCCAUCGAGACCUAAAGUUGGAAAACAUUCUUCUCGAUCGUAAGACACCAUCUCCUGAUGGACCGAAAAUAAAACUUACCGACUUUGGACUGGCCCGGUUCAUAGACCUGGAAAAUCCGCAUCUGACUACUAGAUGUGGAUCGGAAGAAUAUGCAGCGCCAGAGAUUGUUAUGGCAAAACCAUACGACGGGAGACAGACGGAUAUGUGGGCAUUGGGUAUUGUGUUGUAUGCUUUACUGGUUGGUUAUCUGCCAUUUAACCUGCAACGGGGGCAGACGAGAGGGCAGUUCUUUGGGAAGAUAGCGCGUGCCGACUACAAAUUUCCGUCCGAGAAAGAGGCAGGAAGAAGAGGAAAUAUUAGUCGAGAUGCAAAAGAUGUAGUGAAUAGGUUAUUGCAACCUAAUCCGCAGAGGAGAGCAACGUUGGAAAAUAUUAGCCGGCAUGCCUGGUUAGAAGGAUACGUUGAUUUAGAAUGA